UCACAUAGAAAAAAUCACCACAUGGCAAGACCCUAGGAAGGCAAUGAAUCAGCCCCUGAAUCACGUGAGCCUCCACCCUGCCGUCAGUUCCACACCGGUGCCUCAGAGGUCCCUGACAGUGUCCCAGCCAAAUCUUGUGAUGAAUCACCAACACCAACAGCAAGUAGUACCCAGUACCCUGAAUCCACAGAGCCACCCGACUCAGAACGCACCCACAGGACUCAUGAGCAUGCCCAAUGCACUGACCACUCAGCAGCAGCAGCAGCAGAAACUGCGGCUUCAGAGGAUCCAGAUGGAGAGAGAGAGGAUUAGGAUGCGUCAAGAGGAGCUCAUGAGGCAGGAAGCUGCCCUCUGCAGACAGCUCCCCAUGGAAGCUGAGACCUUGGCCAAUGUCAACCCACCUGCUAUGACCCCAGAUAUGAGGUCCAUCACCAACAACAGCUCAGAUCCUUUCCUCAAUGGAGGGCCCUAUCAUUCAAGGGAGCAGAGCACGGACAGCGGCCUGGGGUUAGGGUGCUACAGUGUCCCCACAACUCCAGAGGACUUCCUCAGCAACGUGGACGAGAUGGACACAGGAGAAAAUGCAGGUCAGACACCCAUGAACAUCAAUCCUCAGCAGACCCGCUUCCCUGAUUUCCUUGACUGUCUUCCAGGAACAAACGUUGACCUAGGAACUUUGGAGUCUGAAGAUCUGAUCCCUCUCUUUAAUGAUGUAGAGUCUGCUCUGAACAAAAGUGAGCCCUUUCUAACCUGGCUGUAACCACUACCAUUGUAACUUGGUGCAGCCGUGACCUGACAUUUCCUGGGCCUCAGAAGAAGCGAUGGAGCGGAGCAGGUCUGCAGUCGCACCACUUCCUGCCUCCGUAGCCAUGCUUCCUCCUUUUCAUGUGGCCAGUUUAAUCACUGCCUGGUUUUGAUUGAUGGGAACGUAAGUUAAGCAUAAACAAAUAUUCUAUUUUCAUUUUCUGCAAGCCUGCAUUUCUGUGACAGAUAAUGCAGAAUCAGGUCUGCAGGAUCAGUUAUGCGGAAUCACUUUAAAAUCUCCUCUGCCUCAUGGCCAAGCUUUAUGGGUGUUAGCUGAAAUUGUAUACACCAAUGGACUGUAAACCAUAAAAGCUGACCAUGGGCAGUGAAUUCUGACAGGCAGCUUGGUCCAGGAAAUGUGCACAAAGACCUGAUUUACAGUUUCAAAAACUGUACUGGUGAUAGUAGUAAGAAACGCUUUAAAACUUAUUUAACAUGAGCUUUGAAAAUCCUUGUAUAGAUGGUAAAUUUAUGCUGUAUGGAAUACAAUGUAGUUUUGAAUCCAUGCUGGCUCUGAUGGCUCUUCCUCUUCUGGAUUUACAAAGUUGCACAGAGCCCUAGUGUUACUCCCCUUCAUCAUUUUACUACGUAGCACCCAGACAACUUGUUCCUUCCAGCAGAAGGGUGACGGCUGCUUGAGAAUCACCGUUCUUAACACCAGAGAUCUCGUGAAAGAGACCAGUUUGCUACUAACAUAAGCAGUUAUCAAACAAACCUUUUUAAAAUUGCAGUUUGGAUUUUAUUUUUGAAAUGCAGCUUAGCAUUUGAUGUUUCUUUUAUAAAACACUAAUUUUGUAGCUUAUGAAAAAGGGCAGCCAAAUGUUUUUGAUAAAUCAGCGGCAACUAUAUUUUUCUCUUUUGAAACUGUUCUGCAACAUCAGGGCGACGUAGAUUUUAGCCUGAUGGCACACGUGAUUAGCAUUUGUGUUUUGUAAUCUGAAGCCUUGUCAGUUUUGUUUUCAAAAUUUCAAGUGUUUAAAAACAAUCCUAUCUAUGAAACUGAAGGAUGAAGCAGAUCUCUGACUGACGUGUUUAAAAAAAAAAAAAAAAAGCCCCGUUGGGGCAUAUGCUGGAGACUUACGUUUCUGAAUUCAGUAAAAUGGAUUCCUAAGUAUGUUGUUUUAAUCCUGUUUGCCAAGUUGGUAUAAAAAGACAUAAGAUAUGUACUCAAUACCUCUUAUGUAACCAACUUUUUUUAUUAGCUUUUAAGGACUGAGAGAAUCAUGUUCGCCUGGCAUGCAGGCUACCUAUACUACCAAUGAAGUCCUCAGCUGCUUAGUCUUUGAACCGACAUUAUUUAUAAUCUAUAAGUUUAAUCUCCUUUUUAAAAAAAGACACUAAGAAUCCAGGUCUCUGAGAGGACCCUUUCAAUUCCCAGAGGGGUGAGGGCUUAGUUGUUGGAUCUUCGAUAAGGUCCUUUCUGAUUGAAUGGAAUGUAAAUGUACAGAAUACAUUUGAUCUUGUUGAAAAGAAGGCAAGUGAAAAGGUCAAAAGAUGAAGCAGUAGAGGUUUGGAAUAUGGCAGGAAGGGUAUUUGAUGUGACAUGGAAAUAGACAAAUCAUAGCACCUCAAAAGCAAGACAAGCAAGAUGCUGGAGAGGUGCCCCAAAGAACAAAGCAACAGUUUUCUCCUACACCCUUUGUACCCAAAGACUCUGUUGUAGAGAAGUGGGCUUUGGUGCACUUUAUUGGGAAGGGAGGGCAGGGGAGAGAAGGGGAGGCGAGUGUCAGGGCUGUGUCAGGGCUGUGAUGUCCUGUUCAUACUGUUGGUGGACAUGUCGGCAGACAGGGCCAUCUGCCUGCUGUGAUUUCUUUUUCCUGAAGGACCCACAGUUUAUGUUCCUUUAACUCCUUUGCUCAGUCUGAGCACUCUGUGAGAGAGGUGGGUAGAUACUUAGGUUGCUGCUACUUGAAAGAGAGCACUCCUUCAUUCUUUUCUUAGCAAAAAUGGCAAAAAAGAGUUGUACAUUCUUUCUAAGGAAUAAAAAAACCAAAAUAAAAAACAAGGGACCUAUCAAAACUCAGCAGUGUUACUGUAUUUUAAAAAAAUAUUUUUAUAGGCUUGUUUUCAGGUUAUUAAAUGUAGUAGAACACAGAAACAGGCAUUCUUUUUUAAAGUAGUUAAGUCAUUGAUGAUUUAUGUUAUCAAAUUUUACAAGUAAUUUUCUAGGAAGCUUGUGGCAUUAUGAAAUACUAGGAUGAUUUUUUUAGUAAAAUUAGUUGAAACAUUUUUAAUGAAUAUAAUAUUUUUCCAGAAUGAGAUAUGGCCCCUGGCUGUUUACUAGUAGAUAAAGCCAGAUGAUAGAGUUUUUGUUAUUGCUUUUAAGGCCAUAAAAUAUUAAAGAUCAUAAAAACUAAAAAUUUGAAAUAAGAGCAACUUUUUUUUUUCAGUGCUGGGGCUUGACCCCCAAGACUUCAUGCAUGGGAAGCAAGCGCUCCAUGACUGAGCUACACCCCAACACUUUCUCUCACUGGUUCUUUAGUAUUAUAAGUAUUAAUAUUCCCUCGGAAUUCAUAAUAAGGUGCUAUUCAUAUAAUAUUUCGUAUUGUAAGACAACUGCCAGAAUAUCUAGUCUUUUAAGUCCUGAAUCAACAUUUUAUCAUCUCAUCCCAAAAUUUUGUCAUAGAAAAGGCAAAUUUAAAAAGUCAGAUUUAAAACCUUUUUUUUUCCUGAUAAGAUGCAUUUUACUGAAGCAAAUAAAUAGUUAAAACCUAUAGGUAAUUCUGUUCAGUUUAGGUAAUUACUAGGCAGUGUUUCUAUGUCAUAUUUAGGUUGAAAUGCAUUUCUUUCACUGAUUUUGUAAUGGGAAGGAUAUAAAACAGUAAGAGUUUUAGCGUCGUGGGAGCUGCUGAGCAGAAAAGCUCAAGUACAAGGUUAUGUGAAGUGAGAGGAGUGUCACUGCGUACAGUGUGUUCUUAUGAUGGAAUUAGAAAGCGAUGUCUGCAAGGAUAAUGUCUGUGUAAAAAAAAUAAGCUGUUAAAAAAGGAAACUGUAGAUUAAUUUAAUUGGGAAAAUGGGUGAUUAACAGAGACCGUUUCCCUAACACUAUUAUUUACAGGCUAGUGCUUAAACUUUAAAAAAAUAUUUACUUCUACUUUUUGUCAAAUGAUGCAUGUGUGUUUAUUUUUAAUUCAGAAUGUUGUGCAUACAGAAAAUAUGCAGCCAAAUCUAUAAAUCAAACUAUUUUAUCUGGAGUUUGGUACAGGUUUUUACUUCUCUGAUUCUAUAUAAAAAAUAAAUACAAUUGAAUUUCCACUUGAA